CUAACCUAAACUUUUAACCGGGUUUUUGUUUUCAUUUUAUGAACACGUUAAUAAAAAUGUCGCCUAAAAAGCCGCUAAUAUUUAACGUUUUAGCAGAGUGUAAAACAACAAAAGCUCGCGUGGGUAAAAUGGAGUUGCCGCACAGAGCUGUAGAUACGCCGGUUUUCAUGCCUGUUGGAACUCAAGGAACGCUCAAAGGUAUGCUUCCAGAGCAGUUAGAGAACAUGGGAAUUCAAAUAAUGUUGGCAAACACAUACCACUUAGGAACUAAGCCAGGAAUAGACAUACUGAAAAAAGCAGGUGGUUUACACAAGUUCAUGAACUGGAAUGGGGCCCUGCUGACUGAUUCAGGUGGUUUCCAAAUGGUGUCACUGUUGAAACUGGCUGAAAUUACAGAGCAAGGUGUAAAAUUCCAGUCUUUAAAUGAAGAAAAGUCAGAAGUAAUGUUAACACCUGAACAUUCCAUUGAAAUACAAAACGCCAUAGGUGCUGACAUAAUUAUGCAACUGGAUGAUGUGGUCAAAACUACUGUACCAGAUAAAGCAAGAAUAGAGGAAUCAGUGCAUAGGACAACAAGGUGGUUGGACAGAUGCCUGAAAGCUCAUCAAAGACCUGAUGAGCAAAACAUAUUUCCCAUUGUGCAGGGCACUUUAUUUGCAGACUUGAGGACUAAAAGUGCCCAUGAUCUCAUACAAAGAGAAGUCAAUGGUUAUGCAAUUGGUGGCUUGAGUGGAGGUGAAAGUAAAGAUGACUUCUGGAAAAUGGUGCAUUUAUCCACAGACAUUCUACCAAAGGAUAAACCCAGAUACCUUAUGGGAGUGGGUUUUGCUGUUGACCUUGUUGUAUGCUGUGCCUUGGGUGUUGAUAUGUUUGAUUGUGUAUUUCCCACAAGGACAGCAAGAUUUGGUUGUGCCUUAACAAUGACUGGUCAGUUAAACUUGAAAAAAGCCAUUUAUAAAUUAGACUUUGAACCUAUUGACAAAGAUUGCAGUUGUGUAACUUGUAAGACCUAUACAAGAGCAUAUUUGCAUGGAAUUGUAACACAGAAUCUUCCUGUGAUGAGCAGCAUUUUAACUGAGCAUAAUGUUGCUUUUCAACUGAGACUUAUGAAGAAUAUAAGGGACAAUAUUCAAAAUGGCACAUUUCCUGAGUUUGUGGCGAAUUUCAUGCUUGAUUUGCAUCCAGAUAAGAAUUAUCCAACUUGGAUAAAAGAUUCUUUAAAAGCAGUCAAUAUUGAUUUAAUAUAUUGACUUAAUUCUAAUAACUGUAUUUACAAAAACCAAAGAAAUGUGGAUACACAUUUUCGUAUUGAAUAAUUUUUACUUUUUUAAUUUAUUAAUAAACUUAUUUUA